AUGUAUAGGGUACUCAGCCUCUUUGCUGGCACUGCGAUUUGCUUCUACGGGUAUGACCAGGGUGUGAUGUCGAUGGUAAAUCUCAAUCCUGAUUACCAAAAGCUCAUGGGCAUCUUCCCUCUCAAAGGUACACUAUCAAUGCCAUGGCUUACUGGGCGUAUCCUCGUACCAAGUUUAGGGAGCUCUAGGAACACAGCUGCGGAAGGUGGUAUCGUUGCCGUAUACUAUGGGGGCACAAUGAUUGGGGCACUCAUGGCAGGAUCCUUGGCCGAUCAAUGCAGACGUAUUAAAGCUAUUAUCUUUGGCUGUUUAUGGAUCAUUCUGGGCGCCGCACUACAGGCAUCGGCUUAUGAUAUCACGUGGAUGUGUUUUGGACGUGUUCUUGCUGGCAUUGGAGUUGGGUCUAUCGACUGUGUUAUUCCGGUCUGGUCAGCGGAGGUCAGCAGCCACUCCGCUCGAGGAGCGCUUUUGGCUCUUGAGUUUGUCAUGAAUAUCGGAGGUCUGGCGAUGGCCUACUGGAUUGAACACUUUGCCUCCCUGAACCUCAACUAA